CGGCAACAAAAAUUAUUGCUUGCACUUUCGAUCACCGAGUUGAUAUUGUAUAUGAUUGUUCCAAGCAGGCAAUAGACUGCAGUUUGAAUGAUUUAAUUGAACCGAUUCCAAUCGGAGAAAUCAACGUUGCCUAUAUUAUCGACGUGAUCUGUGCAGUGCAUACAUGAGCAUCUGGAAGCUUUGACUGCAUCAUCCAAUUUAUCUAUUUCUGGUUCUCCCUGACACAGAAAAUGACCGAUGGCUUUCGUGGAAAUUUCGUCAGCUCGAAGAGAGGAUUGCUGGCGUCUGUGUGGUCCAUCGUGACAAUACUGACAGCUAUUUCUUUUCUUACGGCAUUUGUAUACGCAUUGAGCACAUCGGACGACGAGAAUGACGAAAAUUACUACAAUAAUAAUGAAGGGGAAGGAAGCCAAGACCAGCGGGAAGGCCACGAUGCAGAAGUGGCUGUGACAUCUCGGGCGUUGGCGUUUUCGGCACUCUGGACAGGAGUUUUAGCAGCCCUGUUAUCCAUUUUUGGAACGGUUAUUCUGGGCUGGCAAAGUCCAACGGGGCAAUAUUACACAUGUUGCAGUAGUUCGGUUCAUCGUACUACGCCACUAGGGAUUGGUUCUUUUAUUGGCGCACUCCUUAUGUUUGCAAAUUUGACUCUAUUGUGUUCUGUUCUAUUUGGGGAAUUUCAGGUGAGCCCUAGAUGGUUGAAAUUCAUUCAACUAAGAAUUUUUGCGUCCCUAGUUGCUCAUUUCUUAUUCCUUCGAUUGCAUUGCGAACGUUUCCUUUUCUCUCUUUUCUUACAACCAGGUUCGAGACAACCGAGAAGGAGAGGAUAGAGCAGGAGGCGCUGGAAAUCAAAUUGAUGGGCAGCGAGAGACCAGAUCAAUGGCCUUUUCGAUUAUGUGCGCGGUCCUAACAGUUUUAUAUGGUGGCUUUGCUGCCUUGACGUUAGCGUACGCACCGGAUGUCAUAAACGAGUAUGCCGUCGAUGAAAGAGACGAGGUUUUGAUGACAUCGACUCGGAAUAAAAAGGGCCAUUUCAAUGCGGCCUACGAUGGAUACAUAGGGGAAAGAUUUGGUGUAGGACGAACAACUUUAGCGUAGUUCAAUUGUCAAGUUCAUGAAAAUUUCGAUGAUAGGAACCUGUACUCUUUUUUGCUGCUAUCGAAAUUAUUGAUGUUAUGUAUUACUAGAUAUGUUUUUACCAAAAGGUAGCAACCCACUUCUUAUGAAAUAUUGGAUUUGAGAUUCAUAGUUCAGUACAAGAUGCCGGGAGAUGAAAUACAGUAAUACCGUAUUAUUGCUCUGACUAUCCAAUGCAUACGUCCUCUCUAAUAUAACCAUCAAAUAAAC